AAAAUCGAUCAGUGCCAUGGCGACGGAGAGCCACUUCUUCUUCUUUGCAUUUCUGGCAGUCUCGACUCUCGACCCAGCCAGACUCCUAUCGACUCGACGCCCGGAACUAACGUCAUAUUGCCGAAAGAGCCUGUUGGUGGGGCCAUUGCUCAGUUUAUCAAGACAAAGACAGACGUUGUGAGGGUCAAAGUUGAGCCCGCGGCCCCGCCCCGCAGCGAAAACAUGGUGGAACACUCAGACAUCCGCGUGGUUCAUCGCGGCGGCAGUAAAAUCAACUUUCGAGCCCCUGUUGUCACCAGCGAUUCCAAGUUCCUCCUGUGCGCUUCGGGGGAGUGCGUAAAAUUGUACAGCACGACCACGGAGGAAUGCAUUCACGAGCUGCAGGGACACACCGACCUGGUCACGGGCGUGCUGCUUAAUCCCUCCAACCAUCUACAGGUCUAUUCCUCUUCUCUAGAUGGCACUGUUAGACUUUGGGAUUUUACAGAUGGUAUCCUAAUAAAGUCUUACGUUGUUGAGCAUCAGAUAUACGCCAUCUAUGCCUCAGCAGACCACAAAGGAGUCAUCUUUGUUGUCACCCCUGACCAAAGAAAUGGUUCUUUCCAGCUAGUGGCGCUACAUCUACCUCAGAGUGGUGAUCAGCUGGUAGUGGGCCUAGAACUUUCAGUUGUGCUCCAAGAUGUCUGCGCUUCUCCGGAAUCUAUUGCAUUCGGCAGAGGGGGGGAGUAUAUUACUUCAGUCAAAGGUUUGCAUUUGGUGGUCUAUUUCUUCAGGAAGCACAAGGCAUUCAACUUUUCCCUGAAACAAGACAACAGGAAGGGAGGCAAGAACACAUUCACCUGCGUCGCCUGUCACCCGAAGGAUGACGUGAUUUCCACCGGACAUGAGGAUGGAAAGAUUCGCUUGUGGAGAAACUUCAACCAGAAGAAGGAGUACACAUAUUCUACAUUACACUGGCACCACAAUGCUGUCAGCUCGCUGUGCUUCACCCCUGAAGGUACCAACCUGUUGAGCGGAGGUGUGGAGUCUGUGCUCGUCCAAUGGCGAUACGGUCAAGAGAGCCAAAAGGACUUUCUUCCCAGACUCGGUGGCGCAAUCACACAUGUCACCGUAUCUCCCGAUGGCUCGCUCUUCUGCACUUCGCAUGUAGAUAACAAAAUCACAAUUAUCCAGAGCUGUGUAAAAGUGUCUGCUGUCAUUCAGGGCCUUGUCCAAGGAGAAAGUGUCGCCACAGACUUGACUGUAGACCCUCGCAGCAAAGCGCUAGUGCUGAAUGGGAAGCCAGGACACUUGCAGUUUUACUCCCUUCACCGAGAUAAGCUGCUUUUUAAUUUAGAUAUUGUGCAGCAGGAAUACAUACACGAGUUGGGAUUGCAGCAGUUUGAGGUGGUGAAGGCUACUUUUGAUGCCUCUGGAAAGCACCUGGCCACAGUUGAGGAAAGGAAACAGAAAGCGGCAGAGUGGGAGCUCAAUUUGAAGUUGUGGAGAUUUGACGAACAAACACAAAGUUUUGUGCUGGACACAACCAUCUCAGCCCCCCACGAGGAUCGGAUUACUACCAUGUGCUUUGGUCCCACUGCCACAGACCACCAUGCCACCACGCUGGUUUCAGCCAGCAAGGACGGACACUUCAAAGCCUGGCAGCAGACAGUGCCAACCACCCACACAGAAGACGAGGGUCCGUCAUGGGCAUGCGACUUCGUGGGCUCUUAUCACAGCCUGGCGCCUCAGUGUUGCAGCUUCUCGGCCGAUGGCUCCCUGCUUGCCGUCAGCUUCCGGGAGGUAGUGACAGUGUGGAGCCCGGCCACUUGGGAGCUUCUAACUACUCUGUCCCAGCCACCGGGCAGUAUCAGGAAUCUUUGUUUUGGCCAACUAAGCUGUUCCAAAUACUUGCUGGGGACGACGGAGAAGAACCUGCUCUGCUGCUGGAAUCUCCUCACCUGCUCUUUGGAGUGGAGCACAUCCAUGGAUGUCAGCCUGCUGCUACAUGACCCGCUGUCUGAGAACAUGGCAGCGUUCUGUAGUCAAGAUGGAUGUACUGACUUGUUUGUGUUUAAGCCCUGUGAGCCACGUCCACUGUUUUGCCAAAAGGCUGUGUGUCCAGGAAAAGUCACCCGGGCUGUCUUCUCUCCAAGGGAAGCCAUGCAGGAAAGCUGCGAUGAGAGCUGCCAGUGGCUCAACCGAUCCCAGCUGUAUUUCCUGAGCCAGCACAUGGAACUUAAGACGUUUAUCACAAAGGCUGAGGAGAAGCGACUGAUGGGUUCUAAUAAACAGCUUGCCAUCGACGACACCGUUGCCAUGACGCCCUUCCACCUAUUGCUAGGCCAACAACGGCAAGAAGUAGACAAUCUUGGCCCUACAGACAAUCCCGCCAUGGCAGAGAGGCUGCAGCUCCAGCAGAGCUCUGCUGCUAUUAAGGAGCUUCUGCAGACGCCCGCACACGUCCUCCCUUCUGCCACUUUCCUCUGCUCCAUGUUUGUACAGUCAUUGCUCAUCUCCGUCACAGACUCAAGUAAACCAAAACACACAGAGGAGGAAAUGGAGAGCGAGAAAGAGGAAGAGGGGUCGUCCGAUGAGGAGGAAAUGGAAACUGGCGCCGUAAUGGCCAAGCGACUGGCACUUGAAGAAGGCAAGACGGCCGGACCAGCAGCCCCUGCGUUAACGCGAACGCAGGCUAGAGAACUGAAGAGAGUGAAAAAACUGGAACGCAGCUGGCUGAGCACUCUCCUGGACUGCUAAGCUAAAACAUGAGAAAUUCAAGUUGAGAACUUGUCAUUUUUAUCCGGAUAUUUUAGUAAAAAAUGUAUCACUCAUUGCCACAACGACUGUGCUGAAAACUCUCUCUUGCUAUUGGAAUGUUUUGGCAAUGACGAUUAGUGAAAUGUUUGAAAAUUCAAUGGAAGGGGCCAUCUAUUCAGUGUUAUGUACUGUAGGCCUGUCACACAAAGGUUUUAGAAUGAUAGUUUCCCAGAAACUUGUGAUGAGUGCAAUUUUCCCCUAUUUGCAUAUUUCAGCAUCUAAAUCAACAGACAUUUUAAGGUCAUAAAAAUUUUGAUUUAGCAAUUUAACUCAUUAGCUGACAUUGAAGGAGAUGUCCUAUCCAUUUGAACUAGGAGGUAUGGCAGCAAAGAACGAAUGUAGUUCAAAUGCAUUGAGUGUAUUACUAGGUGCAAACUAAUUUGCAGCGGAAGGCUGAAGAGAGCUACGUGAUGUCUAGCAUUGUCAAUGGCACUAAAAGACUUAAAGAGGCAUCUACAUGAAAUAUUAGUCAUAGCAAUACUGGCCCUGUACUCACUUGGGCCAGAUUGGUGCCAAAAUAUGCAGUAUCGCAUAUCUUUAUUCUCCACAGAAACAAGCAAACAUGAGCCAGUUGGCUCACUGAGAACUGAGCAAAGUGAUUGAAUACAGUAACAGAUAACACCCUGAAAAACUAUUGUUGGCCAUUUUAUAUAUCAGCGGUUGAUAUAGUAAUGAUUGUGGUAGGCCUAAUGUACUGUAUAUAAUGUGUUGUUCACAAUAGUGUCAUUCUGUCCUACUUUGAACAUUAAGUAAAAAUUGGCAUUUAUUAUUUUGCUUAAAAAAAUGUUGUGGAUAGUGCCUUUUUAGAAAAAUGUAUCAUGGCAUAGCGCUUCUUAGGAAAGUGCAACAUAAUAGUUUGUCCUCUUUUGGGGGGGGGUAUAAAGUUCCUGAUCCUGAGCCAUCAGUUGAGAAUUACUACUCUUGUGUCCGGGAAAAUAAAAACCCUGAUCAAUCAUCAUCAAAAUGUUUGUAGGCACAUUGGGCACAAUGACGAUUUUUUUUUUUUUUUUUUUUUGUCCCUAUGGAUGCUAAACCUUACAGGAAAAAUUAUCACUACGGUGGACAUAAUUUUAUUCAAAAGUUGUCAUGAACUUAUUCACUGCCAGCCCAGGUUCAGAGUAUGCGUUGUGGUAGUCAUAGUAAAAAAAGGAAAUUGAUAUUAAAAACCACUAUUGAUGGCAAUGUACGUCUAAUUUAUUUCAAAUGAGUGAUCGCGUCCAUCACCUCCCAGUUAAAAUAUAUUGGACGUCUAUUGCCUUCAAUGACAGCCAAAGAGUUAAGUAACGUGACACACAAGAUUUAUAAAAUAAUGAAAGGGCAAAAUACACACAGGCCAUACUAAUUUGAAUUUCUUAUUUGUUUUUAAAUGUCGAUUUCUUUUUAGUGUUUGAAUUUGUUUUUAUUUAGAAAUAUAUUGUAUUACUCAUGGCUUGUUUUUUUUUUUUUUUUUUUUUUACACAAAAAUGGAUGCUUCAGUUAAAACAAAUUUUUUUUUCAUUGUUUAUCACAAAAUAUGUGAUAACACUAAUACUGCAAUUAAAUGUCAUAUGAGGUCAGCAAAAUAUUGUCCUGUGGGCCACAAAUGGCCCCUAUCCAUAUGUAAGUAAAACAUUUAUGAAGAAAAAAAAAAUCUAAAUUUGUGUAUGAAAUAGUUAAGCGUUUCCUUUUGUGCGCCCUCUAUGGACACUAGGGGUGUAACAAUUGCUUUAAAUGGAUACAUUGAUGUGUUACAUACAAUCGAACAGAAAUCGAUCAAACUGCAAAAUAGUGAUCCCUCACUACUUUGCGCUUCAAACUUCGCGCCCACAUUCCAACGUGGAUUUUUUUUUCUAUUAAAAAAAUACAGAUGAACUGUCCCGAGCCGAUCGCAUAGUCUCACUCUCGUUCCUUCCCUCCCUCUCUCUGUUCGUCAGGCACUGCUGGACUGCACUGCAGUUGCUUAUUUAAGUUAACUAUGUUGACGGAUGUUUGUUUUUGAUCUUGCCAGAGUCAUGAACUUCAAAAGCGCUGCAUGUGUCAAUCAUUGUUCAUCGUUUAACUUGCUAAACAGUUGCUCUGGCAACUCAUUGUAAGUGAGAGGAUUUGAGUAGACUCCCUCAAUGAAGCAAUCAAUAAAGCGUAGCGUUUUUCCACUACAGUUCUUUAUUCUUGUUUAAAAAUAAUUCGGUGGGACAGAAACCUGUUUAAAACUUAUAAUUAUCACAUUUGAAGUGCUUAAAACCAUUUAUUAAAAUAUAUGUAUAUAUAGAUUUUUUUAAAUUAUAUUUUUGGGGGGAAAAAAGGGAAAAAAACCCAUGUUUUAUAUGUAGCUGUUUCCAAUGCUAAAUAUGAAUAAAUACAUUGAACACACACACACACACAAAAUUGGGGGUGUGCUAGUUUGCGGUUUUUCACGUAUCGCGUCAGGUUCUGGUCCCCAUUACCCGCGAAAAACGAGGGAUCACUAUAGAGUAAUAACUUUUAGA